AUGAGCUGCCACAACUGCCUUGAGCUGGGGCACAAGGAAAAUGUCUGUACAAAAAAGAAGAGAUGCAAGGACUGUGGUUGUCUGACACAGCUGCAGCAAGUGUGCGAAAGGAAAAAUUGCAUCAACUGCAGACAACUUGAGCACCUCUCGACAAGCCCCAAAUGCCCCACCAGGCUACAAACAAACCAGAAACUGCACCCAAUGACCCACCAACCAAGAGGGCAGAAAGGGGAGGGCAACGCUCUCUCAACAUUCGCCAAGGGAAGCCCGACAAAAGAAAAAAAAGCCAAGAAAUGCAACCUUUCAGGACUUCCCGUAACUCCGGACGAACAGUCGCACCAUAAGUCGCACAAGAAAAACGACCGGCAGAAUACUGAGAGACACACGAAUGGCCAGCAGCAAGUCUAG